AUGGCAGUAGACAGGGUCUUAGCUUUCCAAAUAGUAGACGGACGGCAAAGGCUAGAAACGGCUCAUUCACCACAAAACAAUUGCGUGGGCCAGGACAACGGCGGCAGCUCAGAAUGGUGCAGAUAUCCCAGACCGAGGAGGACAUUAAAAUAUCCAUCGAACUGAACAGGCUGGUCACGCGCAAGCCGGACGUUGUACUGUUGCCGCAGUACUUGAAGUUUAACAGCCCACCAAUAUUCUUUGAACGGCAUCUGGCCCAGGAGAUCGAUGAAAUGGCCAGUUUCUGUCGCAUUUUCAAGCAUGAGGCGCGCAUUGUGCUUGUCAAGAAACAGGCCGGCAUCUGGCCGGAGCUCUUCCAGAAGCUGGACAAAGAGGCGUUGAUGCAAAAACGAUUAGAAAUCGCCGAUUUAAUUGUGGAGCGCAAUAAGAAACGCGAUGAGAUGGCAUUGGAGCGUUACGAGAACAAGCGACGCGCCGAAAUUACAAAGGAGGUGAAGCGUGAAGGCGACAUGAAGGAUCGCGUUAAGAAGUUUCAGGAGAGCUCAUGCCAAGAGGCUCUAAUGGUGGGCGUGCGCAAAGAAACCCAUGCCAAGCCCAAUAACUCGACGCAUAGCAACAACAACAACAACAACAACAGGGAACAGCUGGCAACGGACAUGCGACAGGCAACUCCUGUGGUGCGGUAUCAACCACCCCUGGCCAUGACGGCGGUGCGUGGCAAUGGACGGAUUAGCGUGAGCUUCUCUAGUCAGCACAAGAUGAACACACCGAAGCGUGAAUCCCAGGAGGGCAUUCAGAUGCCAUUCACUAUACAGGAUAGAUUGAAUGGCAAUCCGCCGACCAGGGAAAAAACUCCAAUGGAGAGGCUCGACGAGUAAAAAUUAUAAAAAAAAAAA